AUGAUUCGGGAGAGACCAAUUGAUGUUGAACAAAGUGAAGAAAUUAAUAAUCUUACAGAGUCCAAUGAAACCGAUGGCACGGAAUCUGUUGGAGAAGGCCCUACAACCAAUAAAUUCGCGAAGAAAUAUGGUAAGAAAGUUAAGCCAGUUAAAACCUACAAGUUAUAUUUAUCAUCAACAAAGUGUGAUUUUUCAAAGGCAACAUACAAAGUUGCUCAAUAUUGUGAAAGAAAUCGAGAUAGACUUGCUCAAAUUGAUAUGCUGGGUGAUUUGAAACAAGAAAGUAAUCAUAAACAAGCCUUAAUAUAUUUGAAACAAGCAGCGGUAAAAGCAGACGAAGAAUGUCCAGAACCAGUUGAUUAUGCAGCCAAGGACUUCAUAAAAAAAGCUGCAAACUUAGCUUCAGAAGUGGGCGAAGAAAAGGCAGACUUGGGAUUGAGUAGAUGGUAUCUUUGUGGAGCUAAAGGUUGUUUUGAUCCAGAUGAAGCUUUAGCUUAUGAACACACUGAAAAGGCUGCAUUAAAAGGAAUUGCAGAAGCUGAAUUUAUGAUGGGAUAUUUUUAUGAUGCGGGAAUCCAUGUGCCUGCAAAUGUUCAAAUAGCAAAUGAAUGGUUUACAAAGGCUGCCGAGAAAGGUAACGAAGAUGCAAAAAAAAAAAGAUUGGGUAAGGGAAUAACUAAUAAAGAGUUUGAAGAAAUUAUUGAACUAAAAAAACAAUCUAAAGAUUUAACUGAGACAUUGACCAAGGCAAUCAUAAAAAUGGUUCAAGAAGUUAUGACUUAUUUUGAUAAUACACCAGAUAAAACAACAAAACUAGAAUUAAUUGAUACUUUACUGAAGGAAAAGUUGACACGUUUGUUAUCUGAGAUCAGAGAGGAAGAAGGCAAAAUUAAUGAGGCUGCUGACUGA